AUGGUGUCGUUGAAGCGUAAGUAUUUACUUGAGGAGUUAACGGCAUUGGGACAACCUUAUGGAAUCAAGUUCAGUAUACCAGAAGACGUUACUAGUUUUGAAGUGCAUCGUUCACGACCUGCGUAUUUACUGAUAAAUUUGCUUUCGAGAAAGCGGCCUGACUUACUUGAGAAUGCAUUGGAUCUGAUGUGGAAAAGUAUAUUGGGAGAUGGCAAACCAAUUGAGAGGUCACCACAUCUUUUCAAGAAGUACUUAACCUGUGACGAUUCUUCUCAGGAGAAAAGUGACAUAUACUGGUUCAAAACUUUCUUUCGAAAUGUUUUGGGAAUUAAGGCGCUGACUGACCACGUACAGUGCGGGAACUGGAGAAGUAGGAUAGUCACUUUCAUUGAAAAUGGGUGGAAGCUGAGAAUUUCUUGUUUUAUGAUUAGUAAAAUUGGUUUAUUCAUAUGGAAGUUUUGUCGCGAAGCUGGGUUGUCUUUUCGAGAAGCUGAUGACAUGGUUUCAAAGACAGAAAGUCCCGAUAACGUUAGAUCUUAUCGGCAAAACGUUAGCUUCGCCAUGUCUCAAGGGGUUUACGAUACUCCUUGGUUUUUGAUAUCCGAUGAAAAUGAACAGUCUCUUGGACUGCACGGUCUCUUUCAUAUACCUCAAAUAGAUUUUAUUAUUGAUAAUCCGUCUUUGUUAAGUUCGUUCGGAUGUCCAUUAAAGGAAGGUGAUUUUGAAAAAUUUUAUGCAGUGACAAAACGGUUUCGAAUAUUUGCUGCUUAG